AUGGAGUCGGAAACCGAUGAAAAACCUUGCAAAGAAAGCCAGUUGAUUGAAAAAGGUCUUCCUCUAGACUGGCUAGUUCGUGCUCAUUCGGCGAGAAACAUGGAAACUCUGGUGUAUUUGUAUGAUCAGCGACAGAAGUGGAUCAAUGAGGAUCAAAAAUUGAUUUUGACUAUUUUACAGGACUACGAGAAUUCUGGCGCACCUCCAAUCCCUGAAAACGAGCCACCGUUGCUUCGCAGACGACGUGGAAAAGUUGCAACAUCUCCGGAAUGUCCAAAAAUCUUCAUUUUCACCUGCCAACUUCUGGAUCUCAUCAAAGAGGAGCCGACGAUUUGGGACAAGGUCAACUGUACGAAUUUCGGUUAUCACCAGCCGAUGCGACAGGCGUGGUGCAGUAUUUCGUUGAAAUUGGGCGGUUGGGGAGCCAUGCCGCAUGUGCAAAUGUUGAAACAGCUGUAUCGAAGACGACGCGAUCAAUAUAAUAUUGAUCAUUUGAGAUUAGGAAAACCAUUCGUUUAUAGCGAAAAACUCUCAUUCCUGAAGAAUAUUCUGGAAACUGCGAAAAGUGACACGUGGAGUUCGGAAAUCAGUCUCGCCGAUCACAUUGAAGCUUGCGAACCGAAAAUCGAUUACGAGGAGGAGCUGAAGGAGGCGCCCGAGUUUGUGCAGCGUAUUAUAAGUGAAAUCUCCUCUCGAAUCGAUCAAGUCUCCGCCCAGCACUCGCCGGAAACGCUGGCUCACUAUCUAACCAAAUGUUGUAAUCAAACCGUCGCCAAUCGCGAACGUCUCGCUGUUUCGGAACUUUUCGAGGAGCCAGUGGAGCAGAAAGUUCCAGAAGAAUCAAAAUUUGAAAAUACUUAA